UCUUAAAUGCACUUUGACUGUCUGGAGAAAUAUCGUCACUGGUGUUACUCCCAUCUCGCGUUUAUAGAAAUCAGAUGCAUUGACAAGAACGGUUCCUAAAAGCUUAAGUUCUUGGAGAUGAACUGUUUACACGGGUAAUGUGCUUUUUGUGACGUGACUACAAAGAGUCGUUUUAAAGUGUGCGCGUACUAUAAGAUAUCUCGUUUACAUCUAUCUCUACGUCAAAGCUUAAUCUAGCGAAUCAUUUCACCCAUCUCACAAGCCUUAUUUUCCUUUCAAAUGCUCGAUCAACGGCGGAAGACUUUAUGUGAAGUUGCGAUCGCAAAAGAACCUUCAGAAUAAUAAGCGUCUCUCGUAUGCACUAAUGAAUGAGCUUGUUCAAGCAUUCACCUGUUUUCCUGAGGAGGGAUUCAAUAUGCGACACGCGGAAAAAAGAAGUAAUUGAAUAAAAUCGAUCAUCUUCUUAACGCUACAAACCCCGGGAGGUCUGUAUCUAGGGGCGGCGAAGUUAUUUUAAGAUGAUGCAGCUACAUAAAUCAAGAUCUUUACCAGAAACCAAUGCAAAAAUAUCGGAUUUUGAAUAUCAUCUGGCGCCACCGCGGAUCGAGGAGGACUCUUCAGAAUGUGCAAGUGAUACUAGAGGCAAAAAUAUGGAGUGUGAGGAGAAAACAGAUGAAGCACCACAAAGAAACGCAAGAAAACGAUGGAAACUACUCCAACGCUUAACUUUUUCAGCUGUAAAGCACGUGAAAUCUGACAAUAAAGACGAUUUUUCCAAAAAAGGAGACAAGAAAAAAAGGUUUUCGUUUCGGGGGAUUACCUCUACUGAAAGCAUGAAUGAGACGAAAUACGGAGUUAAAUCUAAAACAAUAGAAAAAGAUACCGGAACAAAAACAUCAUCACAGAAAAACAAAAAGAAGAAAAUGAUAUGGGGAGAAGACGAUUCUUCUUUUAGCUCGUCGUUAAAUGAAAUGGCUGGACAGGAAAUUAACCAGGAGAGUGAUAUCGAUGAGCUCGCUGAGUUGCCUGAUAUUCCUAGAAGGAAGGGUGUAUGCGAGGAGAUCGAAAAGCAUGUGAUAAACGAAGGGACGUCUCUUCACGAGCUACGUAAAGACCUCACUGUUUAUCUAACUCUCGACGAACUAGGGAUGCUUUAAGAGUUAUUUUCUUUGUGAAAAGCGUGUUUAACGAAUGUAGAAAUGUGAUAUGAUAUGGUUUAUCACACUCUAAGUGAACUAGGGAUGCUAUAAGAGUUCUUUUCUUUGCGAGAAGAUGGAAAGGAGUAUAUAAUGAAUGAAAUGCGUCUCUACGAUGAACGCGAAGAUAUCGUGGUUUAUCUCACUUUCCACGAGCAACGUCUAGUCGCUUUAUUUUAAAUGACACGUAAAACACGUAGAUGUAGAUGAAAAUUGUGCAUUGUGUUACGGGCGACGGUUUGAAAACACAAACCUAAGACAAGAUGCGAAACACAAGUGAUAAUGUUACGGUUCUUGACAUAUUUUGGUAUGAACAGCACGUCUUCUUGUAGAACUGAGUGAAUAAAACGUGCCCACGCCAGUUGUAUUUAGAAUGCCAAGUUACUGGCGACAGUUAAUAAGAGCAAGCGUUAACAAAAGCGCAAAACAACCGGAUAAAAAAAGACCAAUGCACAUUUAUUUCGAGUAGAAACAAGUAAAAUUUGAGAGAUCUUAAGUGGGCGUUUUGUUAUUGCUAGAGGGUUUUUAGAAGCUCAUAAGCAAUUAAUGAUGAUCUCUCCUAUGCACGGCUGGGCAUGUGGCUAAAUCAGUAUAUCUGAUCGCGCUGGCUUUGUUUCAUGUUUUAUAAACACGAAGAACAGUGUACGAUAUCUACGCUAGAUCUUACCCUAAGACAUCUAACCCCUAGGGGAUGUCACGGAGACAUUGUUUUCGCCUAAGAUAUAUUGCUUUCCUGCUUAUAAAAGUUUAAUUGCAAACUGCACCAUAACAUGGCAACGAAAGGUCCAAAUGGAGGUAAUGAAAAUGAUGUUGGCGCAAAAAUAGAAAUAACAAGCGUUUAUUUUACUUGUGUGUUUAGCGGCAUAUAGACAUGAGGCCUUAUGGGGCGCGGCGCUGAUCAGAUGCGGAAUAUGCAUGUGAUUGAAAUGUCGUUAUCAGAAAAAGCCGAAGAUGUUAUCGGGUUCUCUAAUAAAGAAAGUGUUUGUUACGGAUUUAUAACAUUAAAAGAGUAAUAAUGAACAAAUUGACCUUGUUUGAGAAGGUCAUAUAUUGUAUACACCUAUUUAUUCAAUAAACGUUGUAAGCGCAAACAGCGAAUGGCAAUUGACAAAUGGUAGUUCUACGACCAAAAGGUGCUUAUCGGUAUUGAUUAUUUGUGAAAAUAAAGGUGGUAAAUAAACUCAAACUAUGUCAAAACCAUAAA